CUUCCGGGGGAAUUUCAAAGGGGCGGGUUAAAGGAGAAAAGAAUGCAUUACAUUAGUUUAAAGAGAAAAUAAUCAGGAAAAGUUUGCUUAUUAAGGUGAAGAUGGCGUCUACGUCCACUUGGGCACAGGACUUGAUCACGUGUGAUCUUUGUGACAACCCCACCCAGCAGUUCUGUAACAGCUGUCAGGUCAGCUUGUGUGGGGGCUGUAUUAAUAAACAUGUAGAAAAUCUGAAGUCUGAAACACAUGACAUUGUUCCUUUUAAAGACAGAAGAGAACGGUUCGUAUUCUCCUCAUGUGCGUCCCAUCCAAACCAGAAAUGUGAGGGACAUUGCCAACAGUGUGAUGUCCCCGUCUGCUUCAGAUGUGUCACGGGUCCCCAUAGCGGCCAUGCUGUCAAAGAUAUGUCAGAGGUUGUACAACAGAUGAAAGAAGAAAUCAAAAAAGAAACAGAAGAAAUCGAGUAUUAUAUUUCAAGAUUCGCCCAAAGUGGAGCAGACAUUGAUCAGAAGAUAUCCAACUUGACUGAGAAAUUUAAAGCAAUGGAGAGAGAGGGAGAAAAUCUCAGAAAGAUCUGGCACGAAGAAGUGGAAAACAUUUUCGACACACUACAAUCAACCAUUAGGAAAAUGAAGGAUAGAAGACUCACAGUUCUCAAAUCACACCAGUCCAGGCUUCAGGAUUCGGGGACAAAAUUAGAACUGAUAACAAAAGAAAACAAGAAAAUAUUAAAAUCCAAUAAAGUAUCGGAUGUUACAAGCUACAAAUCAGAACUAAAGGAUUUCAGAGACAUUCCUACAGAGGUUGAUGUAAAGAUUCCUUCCUUAAAUAGCAACACAGUUCAGGGGAGAGAACUCAGCAUAGAAUUAGGAAAAUAUAGGGCUACACUGACACAAACAUCCAUAUCAAGUCUGACAGAUGAUGUCUCCAUUUUAUCUGUUAAAAAAUUAUUGGAGAAAACUAAAAUUAUUGCCACCAUUCCUUCUGGAAUAAAACCUUUAGGUGUCAUUACCUGUAUUGGAUUCAAUGAAGUUUGGGCUUUUGGUGAAGACAAAUUCAUAAGACGUAUUACCAUGCAGGGAUCUUUAAAGGACAAGAUCCUCACCAACUGUGAAAAAGGUCCAGCUGAUAUUUCGGUGACCAGGCAGGGAGAACUGAUAUACGGUGAUAAUAACAGCAGAACAGUGAACAUUGUCAGACAGGGGAGGAUAGAGACUCUGACUCUACCUCUGGGAUGGGUUCUAUGUGGACUAUGCUGUACCAGAUCAGGAGACUUUCUAGUUAGUAUGCACACUGCUGAUAAAAGUCAUUACAAAAUUGUCCGCUAUCAUGGACAAACGGCAAGACAAGAAAUAGAUAAAGAUGACCAUGGACAAAAUAUAUUUAAAGGUGGGGAAUUGGGAGUUUAUGUAGAGGAAAAUAACAAUAGUGACAUUUGUGCCACUAAUUCAAAUGCCGAAACAGUGAUCGUGAUGAACAAGACAGGAAAAGUCCGAUUCCGUUACGACGGUACACCAGCCAGGAGGAAGAAUCCAUUUUAUCCUGCAUACCUUGUGACAGACUCACUGAGUCAGAUCAUUAUAACUGAUUUCAAAAACGCCUCUCUUCAUAUCUUAGAUAAAAAUGGACACUUUCUCAAGUGUGUUGACGAUUGUGGACUAGAGAAUCCUGUUGGACUGAGUGUGGACAGGGAGGGGAGGUUGUGGGUAGGGUGUUUUAUUUCGGGUGAAAUAAAAGUGAUCCAAUACCUGGAGUAAAAGAAUCAUCCCCUGUGAUGCAUGUAUACGAGGGUUGUAAGAAAAGUUCGCGGACAAGUUCUUCUGUGAACGUGCUUUUUAAUG